CCAAUGGCUUCUCCACUCCAGUGCCUAGUCCAUGAUGAUGGCCGAUACCAAAAAUCAUUUGAGCUGUUUUUGGAGCGCUCCUCUGAACAUCAGGCUAUGAGAGACUUCAUCCUCAACACACUGCCUGACAUAGUGGCCAGUGUUGGCAACGGGAAGUCACAGCUAAAUGUCAUUGGAGUUGGGAGUGGGGCAGGGAACUGCACUUCAUUUUCAUCAGACUGCUUGUGAUGUCAUUACCCAAGAUCAUAGUGACCCCAUCCACAGCCAACUCUGGAUGCACACCUCUGGACACUUCACCCUAAAAGGUAAGAUUGACCUGGAGAUGAUCUCUCAGCUGCGUCUGAAGCACCCAGGGGUGCUGGUGGAUAACGAGGUAGUGGAGCCCAGCAGCCAACAGCUCCAUAACUACAAAGUGAUGGUCAACCAGAAGCCAGAUUUAGACUACAUUAAGUUUACCUGGAACAAAAUGACAGCCUCUGAGUUUGAGGAGCAGUGGAGACAGAACAAUAUCACUAAGAAGGCCGACUUCAUUCACAUGGUCCAGGUACUGUACUAUGUCAAAGAUCCUGGAGCCACCAUCAACUUCUUUCAGAGCCUCCUCGACAAAAAUGGAAAGCUGCUGAUUCUUUUAGUGUCGGGUGACAGUGGUUGGGGGAAGCUUUGGGAAACUUUCCGCAGUCAGCUGUGCAACACUGAGAUCAGUCAGUGUGUGACCACUGCAGACAUCAAGAGCCUGCUGGACGCCCGCAGAGUCCCCUAUAAGAGCUACGAGCUGCAGUCUCACAUGGACAUCACUGAAUGUUUCACUGACGGAGACGAGACCGGAGAGCUGAUGUUGGACUUUCUCACUGAGGUCCUGCACUUCAGUAAAACCGCCUCACCUGAGCUCAGACAGGGGGUGCUGAGGCUGCUGAGAGACCCCCAGUGCAGUUUAGAGAAAGAAGGAAGGGUCCUGUUUAAUAAUAAUCUGGGUGUCAUAGUUGUGGAUGCACUCAGUUAAAAAAGCCUUACUGAUGUAUGUGUGACACUAGACUGGUUUAGGUCACUAUAACAUACAAUAAAUGUAGAAAACCUUGAUCAAGAUAUUUCUGAAUAGCACUUUCUGUGUGCAGAAUUAUAUUUGAUUUAUUUGUUUAUUUAGCAUGUAGUUAUAGUGUAAUGAAUUUACAAAAUUUUAAACCAAUGCAUUUUAUUAGUACUGAACUGUCUAUUAGUGACUGAAAAAAAUAAAAAAGACAUUUAAUGGC